AUGUUAUUAUCCUCGGAUAUGCAGCGUCCUUUUAAGUGCCCUUGUGGACGAAGUUACAUACGUCGACAGCAUCUUUCUCGUCAUGCCGCUACGUGCGCUGGUACUCCUACCACACCUCGGAGAAGCAAAAGUCUUCUGGACAAGUCAUCUGAUCGUAUCGAAUACUUCUGUCCUAAAUGUAAUCUUGGACAAUUUUACAAAAAGAAAUCUGUCUGGGCCCACAUCUCUAUCGUCCAUGGCGAUCGUCGGUUCAAAUGUAUCAAGUGCGAUGCCGCAUUUACAACAAACUCAAAGUUGGAACGCCACCAGAAACGACAUCAUGAUGUUAAGUGCCAGAUAUGUGACACCAUGCGGAUGAGUUCUGCGCCCUCUGGGGGUAUCUGCGAUGUCACCGACGCCUCUGCCUCCAACCCUCCGCCCGAUUUCAACGAACGCUUUGAGAACUUUAACGAACUGCGAAGGCAUAUCGCGAAACACCACCCCAAUAACAAGUUCAUCUGCAAGAUCUGCAAUCGUCGCUUCUCCCGCCGUGCUCACAUGCUCGAGCACGAGUGGAGCCAUGCACCGGUGGAGGAGAGGCGGAUAUUUGUGUGCACCCACUGCUCGCCUGUGAUGCCGAAUCCGGUGGCCUACACUUCGAAGCGGGGCCUCAUGGCGCACAUUCGCGCCGUCCACGUCAGUGAGUUGCGACGCUUUCCUUGUACGUAUUCCUCCUGUCCUGCUAUCCUUUCCACCAAGCAAAAGCUAAAACAACACCUGCGGCUGCACGAAAGAGAGUCUGGGUCGGAGGUUGUGCGAGUUUUUCAACGCCCAUCUCUCCACCCGUCUCGCCGCGCUCAUGCUUUAGCUCCGCCGCCACCGAUGGCCACCUCCUCUCAGACAAAGUAUGGAGCUCGGACACCGAGACCCAAACGACAGAGGCCUGUCGAGGCGCAAUGUUGGAUUCAGGCACGCUGGUAUCGACAGACAGGUCAGGUGACUCAGAUACUCUCGGCAGUCGCCGACCCAUCCCCAUUGAGGCUGACCUCCUCGUGGCCUAUGCCGUCCAACCUGACAAGUUCACUGGUUUUCAUUGUCGUUUCUUUGUUCACCGAGUCAAUGUCUUGUCAUUGA